UGGAAGUCAUUUAGUCUGCGAACAUGGAUAAUAGCGAAACUUGUUGUUCCUAGAACGAAUGUGAGCUCCACUGCUUACUUUCUCAACAUGAAGCGGAAAACUGGGACGAGCCCGCUGCUUCUUGAGAGGCUCUGCUACUUAGCACUUAUCGCGGCGCUUCAGUGGAACGUGCUCCGGGAAGGGUACACAUUUGCGAAGCAGCUAUCCGCCCAUAUACUGCUUCGAAACGUGCGAGCUGGGGGCCCUCUCGGACCGAACGACCUGUCCGACCAUCAAUGGCGCUCCUUUCGCGAGUCGCUGCCCCUGGUCGCGGCCGCAAUGGCCGGCUAUGUGGCAGUCUCAUGGAUGGCACGUUUAUUAAUGCUACCUCGCACGAGGCAGACCUUCAUGGUUGCGGUGUCGUUUCUUUUCCUGUUCGUACUGCAUGGCGUGUGCGCGAUCUACGUACUGGCGCUCGUGGUGGGAGCGUACGGCCUCAGCCUGCGCCUUGCAGGCGCUCCAGGCACCCGCUACGGUCUUCUGGUGGUCUGGGCGUACUGCUGCGGCUCCCUGCUUCUGGCGCGGCUGUGGGAGGGACUGCCCUUCGCGUGGCUCAGCCCCGGGCUGGCGUUCCUGGACACCCAUCGCGGCAUGCUGCGCUGGCACAUCCACUACAACCUCAUGAUCCUACGGCUCAUUUCCUUUGCAUCGGACCUGGCAUGGGCACGAAACGCACGGCGAGCCACGCCUGGAGGCCGCGGUCCGUUGCAACCGGCGCAGGCCCCUGUGCCAGCAGCGCUGACAGCGGUUCGUGCCGGCGAGGACAGCAGCGGCAGUGGGUUAACGGCGAGCGGUGGCAGUGAAGGCGAAUCUAAUAGCGGCGGCAGCUUGGCGGCGGUACCUUCCAGUAUCGGGAGCUUGGACCAGGAAAUUAAGGCCCGCGUGGAGGAGCCGCUGCCGCUGUGCCAGUACAGCCUGGCCGGCCUGCUGGAGUACUGCCUGUACCCGCCGCUGUACAUCGCCGGCCCCAUCAUGUCGUACAACUGCUUCGCGUCGCAGCGCGCGCCCGGAGGCGCGGUACGGCACCUGGGCCGCCGGCAGCUGCUGCUGUAUGCAGCACGCGCGGCGCUGGUGCUGCUGUGCCUGGAGGCCGUGACUCACGCCCUGCCGUACAACGCCAUCGCACGCGACCGAGCUCUGGACAAGCUGGCUGCGCGGUGGGCGGGCGACCCGGCGGGCGCUGCGGCGGCGGGGCUGCCGCGGCCUCGGCCGCUGCACUACUCUAUCACAGGCUACUGGGUGCUUGUGUUCAUGUGGCUGAAGUUCACAUUCAUAUGGCGCUUCUUCCGGCUGGCAGCGCUGGCAGAUGGUGUGGCCCCGCCAGAGAACAUGACGCGUUGCGUGUGCGACAACUACGACGUGGAGGGUUUCUGGCGCAACUGGCACGCGUCGUACAACCGGUGGCUGGUGCGGUACAUGUACGUACCGCUGGGCGGCAGCGCCUGGCGGGCGGCCAACGUGUGGGUAAUCUUCACAUUCGUGGCGCUGUGGCACGACCUGGAAUGGCGCCUGCUGGGCUGGGCGUGGAUGAUGGCAGCGGCCAUAGCGCCCGAGAUGGCUGUCAAGGCGCUGGGCCGCAGCAAGUUGCUGCGGCGCUGGCAUGGCACGGCAGCGCUGCGACACGCCUGCGCCGCCGCCGCCGCCAUCAACAUCCUCAUGCUCAUGUCCGCCAACCUCGUGGGCUUCGUGACGGGGCUGGACGGCAUCGGACCGCUCGCAAGACAGGUUCUCGCCCAGCCGCGGUUUCUGGCAGUGGUGCUGUUGGCGUUAUUCUCGGCAGCUCAGCUCAUGUUCUGGAAGCGUGAGUGUGAAGCGAGAGGCCGGGAGCGAGCGGUAGCAGCGGCAUCCGCCGCUGCCAUGGAAGCGACCGGGCUGCCCAGCAGGGCAUCCAAUCGGCCGUGAUGGCGACGGGGCGAUCGUUACGCUUGCUAUUCCGAAUAGGGGCAGACGUCUGGGUUGCGGCCCUGAUUUUGACCGUUUCUGGUGCUUAGCGCCCGCUGUGUCUGCUAGCAGGCCUGUUACAAACCGCUUGUAUGAGCAUGAUGGGUCUCAGCAAGCCAAGUGGGCUGUGGACAGUUUUGAAUUGAGGUGCGCGCAGAUGGAGCAAGUUGGUGGCGGAUGCAAGGGGUGUGGGUGGGGGGGGGCUGCCCGGCAACCUGCUGCCAAUAGCCAGACAGCUGUUGGCGCGUGGCUGCUAGCAACAAGUAAAGGGUCAUGCGUGCCGUGCUAUCAAUUCUAGUAUCAACGUGACCCCGGGCGUUUUGUGUGACUAACACGCCGGGCGGAAUGUAACGCAUCAACUGGGGGCGCCCGUAACUGGGGGCGCCCGUUUUGCACACGGAACGUUGACCAGGAGGUCAUGGGUACUUUAAUCCAACUGGGAACUCCUUUUGCUCCUGCACGAAGCAGUGAAGCACUUUGCGGCGUCUUUGCAGCGUGCCGCACAGCAGAUCCUGCAUCGAUAGUACAUUAGUACAACAAGCAGUGUGGGACGUGUGGGGGACCCCCGUGGGAGACCCCUCCCUGUCGGACGAGCGGUUUGCCCACGCUUUCCCGUGGCGUUUUUGAGAUUCCAAGGCCCCAUCACCUGAACAUUGGCGAGUGCCAAAACUGCCUAACGCCGAUGUUGUCGAGAUGAAGCGACUCGAAAAGGCCACUAUCAGCUA